AUGAAUAGCACUAUUUGGUUAUCCACAACUGCCGCUUCCGUCGUUCCGGGUAAUCCUCCUGGUCCACCUCCCAGUGGCUCAUUUCCAGGAGGGUCACCACCAGGCGGGCCACCACCAGAUGGUUCGGGAGGUGGCGAUAAUACAGUAACAAUUACUGCUCUACAACGAAAUAUAGCUUUUUAUGGUUAUAUUUUUUUGUUUCUUGUUGGAUAUUUUGGUCAUAUUAGUAGUAUUAUUAUUUUUUUUCGACGUACACUUCGUACAGUAUCAACAAGUUGUCUCUUUGUUUGUGUUACUGUAUCAAAUAUUAUUUAUUUAUUAGUAUGUAUCUAUGAUUUUCUUUAUGUUGGCAUUGGUCUCACACCCAUUAACGUUCAAACUAAUCCUGCUGCAUCUAAUGCUCUGUGUCGUUUUCGUUCAUUUAUUCAAUCAGUAGCAAUGUGUUCAUCAGCAUGGCUUCUUUUAGCUAUUUCAAUUGAUCGAUGGCUACGUAUUCGUUUUCCAUUUCAAGUUAAAAAAUUAUGUACAAGAAAACGUGUACUAUGUGGGGCAUUAUUUAUUCUUAUUUGUGCAAUGGCAUUUAACUCUCAUUUACUUCUGCCUACAUUUGGAAGUCUACCAGGAUCAACUAUUUGUGGACCAAUAUCAAGUACAACAUAUUCAUUUUUCUUUAGACAAGUAUGGAGUAUUUUAUUGGCUUGUUUACAAACUAUUUUACCAACAAUUCUUCUUCUGAUUGUGACAAUUGAUAUGUUUAUUCGUAUUCGAAUACAACAAAAACAACGACAACAAUUAAAUCAAAAUCGUCGUAAUGUGUUUGUUGAUCGACAAAUGUUAAUAAUUAUGUUAACGAGUAUAUUUUUAUUUUUCUCAACACAAAUUCCAUUAGGUUUAUUCAAUAUACUUCUCCAACCUGUUCUACAAGCACAACUUUCAAUGACUCAAGCAUUACAAUUACAAUCAAUUUUAAAUUUUAUUGGAUCUAUUAAUUAUGCUACAACAUUCUAUGUUCAUUGUUUAACAAGUGGAUUGUUUCGACAAGAAUUUUAUAAUAUAUUACGAUAUUGUUUAAGAUCAAGUAAUAGUAGACGUAUUGGUAUUAUGACUGCAACGAUUGGUCAAACACAACUUGAAUUAACACGUAUGCGAACAAAAAGAAAUCAACAAGAAUGUACAAUUGAAAAUGUGGAAAAAUAG